AUGCGGGACCGUGCUACUCUCAAGUCAUCAUCUCAGCAGGGCGCCAAUUGGGGGCGUGGGUCGUCAGCAGAGGGGCGGGACAGCGAAGAUGACCAACUGGCCCAAUCGCCGCUGCGUACGCUCGCAAGUCUGCCGCAGCGCACCCAGGAGCUGUGCGAGGACCUCAUCACUCUCGACUCCCUUGUCGAAGCAGAUGAAGCCUUCUUCAGCGCCCAGGAGGGCAUGGAGGGGCACGUUAUGGAGUUGCUACGGUCGUGGCGUGAGCCAGGGUCGGCAAGCGACUCGCGAGGUGGAAGCCGACGGCCCUCUGGCGUUUAUCCUCUCGCUGCUGCGUCGCACCCAUCCGCUGCCGGCGCGCAACUGGGCGAUGCGGUCGCCAGCUGCGGCAGCGGCGGCACACAGCGCGUUCUGCAUGACUUCGACGAGGCUCGAGACCGCAUUGCUCUCUUGGCGAAGUUACACGAGGAGCUCUCAGAGCUGGAGGAGCAGCAUCGCGGGCUACAGCGACGCUACGUGGUGGAGAAGUCGGCGCUGUCAGCGCUGAAUGAGCUAUGCGCGCGGCUGGACGAGGAGGACGAGGCGGUGCGCGAGGAUGGCGAUGGCGCAUGCUACGUUGAGGCUGCAGAGCGGGUCGGUAGGGGUGCCCAUAGAGACGGCCGAUCGAAGACCCAAGAACAGCAGGAGUGCGAUGUGGUGCGGGCCGGACUGGCUGCUUGCCGUCUUCUUGCCGACCAACUGCGCUCUCGUGGCAUGAUGAUCGCCGACCGUCUCACGAACGAGCUUCUCUGCCUGCGUUCUGAGGUGGUGCGACAUGACUGGGCGGCGUUGCAGUCGUCGACUCCCCUGACUCGAAUGGACCGUGUGGCGCCCCUCGACGGGCGGGAUGACAGUCCUAUUACUAUCACCUCAGCCAGCCGGUUUGCACCGCUCCUCCAGCCAGCUGGGGGAGUGGCGGCGGGGCGAGGCGGGAAAGAGAGCGCGGACAUUGUCGACAGCGACGAUGCAUAUCAUUUUAGUGAAGUGGCCGGAGGCGCGCACGACGAUGAAGCGAAUGAAUCUGGCCACUUUAGAGUCACUGCAACGGCCCUGGAGGCGACCAAGUCCGUUGUAUUUCGUGUACACGUGCCGGUCUUCGCAUCUGCCACACCACCUGCCUUGGUGGCCUCCUUGCCAGAUGCCAUGACGACGGCCACGGGGGGUGCGGCGGUUGCUGCGACAAGCUGCACACCUCGUGUUAGCGGUGAUGGUCCCCGCCCCGCAAGCUCAGCGGAGAGGAUGCGAGGGCGGUCAAGUGGAGCAGCAGAAGCGCUCUCAAUCGCAUCGACCACCACUGUCUCCGUCAUCGCAAGCCCUGCUCGCUACGCUCUGGUGCAGCUGUACGAGUGUUGCCGUGAGGGGCUCGCUGCAAUGCUUACUCGACUCUGCACGCUGCGUGCACGUCGCACCACAGAGGUUGAGCGACUUCAACAAGAUCAGAGUGCGAUGGACGUGUAUGACCCUGCCGCGGACGACCUUGCUGACCGGUGUGCGGCGCUUCUUCGUUACGUGGCUCAGCUGGACGAGUGGGUUGGGGAAGUGCUGCGGAUGGACCAAGUGCUUCACGAGCGCGUGAAGCUGCCGUUGGAUGCCGCCUUGCAGAGCUAUGACCAGCUGCGCACUCUGCUGCUAGAGGUGCUGAAGCAGCGGCUGGAGGACGAAGAGGGGCGCGGCAAGGAGCAUGUCGCGGCAGUGGUGGAUGCCGAGGAAGAAGGCGGUGAGGUGGAUGGUCGAGGCGCACAUUAUCUGCCGCACGAACGUGUGUGCAGUGGCGACAAAGAGGGGCUGCACGCGUUGCAAGUCGAGGACGGCGAGGAGGAUGGCGGCGAUCAGCACCGGAUGUCCGGCUCCGUUGGCGAUAGUCGAGCACGUGGAGCCACACUGGCGCUUGCGAAGGCAUCGUCCGACGCCGCGCCACGCCCCGUCCUGCCGCGUGCGUCUGCUGAGUUCAUUGGGGUGCUCGAGGCGCUUUUACAAGAUCAAAAAGCCGCUGGCAGGCCUAUUGCCACCGCAGCAGUCUUCACUGGGGACACGUCCGGCGGCGAGCGAGAGCUGGACACCGGCGAGCACAGCAGCAAGGACGGUGUGCUGAGUAAGGUGGCACCGGCGCUAGCGCAGAGGCUGUCGACAGCAGAGGAGGAGCACAAUGUGGGCACCAGCGCGCUGGUUGGUGUAGAGGCUACGGCGGAGGCGGAACCCGUGAGUGCCCAGUCCGCGACCCACUGGCCCAGAGCGACAGCGACGGUGGUGUCCGGCAAAGCGAACGCGAGCGAGGCGACUGGCAUUAGGUGUGAUAGACAGAGCGAAGGCGUCGGCGGCGGUCAUCUUGCUGGCCGUCGCCGUCAGCGUGACCGUAGCGAGGACGAGAGCGAAGUGACUCCACAUUCUGCGCCAUUCUACACCCCUGAGCCAACGGACACGGAUGCCUUGAACCCCACCUCGACGUCAGCGCCACCAUAUGAGAUUACUGUCUACGUCUCGUCAACAUCCUGCUCUGAGUUGGGGGAGGAGCUUAUGGAGGAGAUGGCAAUGGAGCAGAGCGUGAACCACACUCAGGAAGGUAUGCACGGACUAUCGAAGAGGCUAGGGCAUGAACGCGACGAUAGCGAUGGCGGCAAGGAGGACUCUGAUUCCGAUAGCAGUGACGACUCACAGAGGGGCAGGGAAGGCAAUUCCAACCCCGAGCCCCAACGCCAGCGGUACGGUCUCGGCAGUGGCAGCGGGCUAGGCGAAGGGCUUCGCGCCUUGUUCUCCUCUGUGGUGCGCCGCGCUGUGAGCUUCGGCGACAGCGAUGACGACGCUGACGAGACUGGGAGGACGACCCCUUUUCAAGGACGGGAACAGGGCGGUAAGUCGCCAACACCUUUGCACAAGCGUGCCCGCUGUGAGUAG